UUUCGAGAACCGAAGCUUGGUUUAUAUUUGGUUGGUGAGUUGAGCACCGUCUUAACGUAAUGAGAGAUUAACGUUAGUUUGUGCAAUCACAUUACUGUCUGUUACUUAACUUAGUCUUACCUCGAAAUACAUUCCCUUAGCUAUAGCAUGUUUUAAUCGUUCCCUUAUAUGCGGUUAGGUCCCCCAUGCCCCAUUAUCCUGAUACGAAGAAGCAGACAUGGUAGAGCCAGCAACACAUAAGUUUGCAUCCCUACAAGAGGAGCUGGGCUUCUGGAAGGAGCAGGCAGAGGCACAUCAGCGAAGGGCUGAUGAGGCUCAGGAGGAGCUGCAGGAGUUCCAGCAGAUGAGCCGAGACUAUGAAGCAGAACUGGAAACCGAGCUGAAGCAAUGUGAGGGUCGAAACAAAGAGCUGCUUAUAGACAACAAUCGACUCCGUAUGGAACUGGAAAGCAUAAAGGAGAAAUUUGAGGCUCAGCAUUCUGAUGCUUUUAGGCACAUCUCAACCCUGGAGGAUGAUCUGGCACAAACCACGGCAGUGAGAGAUCACCUGCAGAAAUACAUCAGAGAGCUAGAGCAGUCCAAUGACGACCUGGAGAGGACCAAAAGGGCUACCAUCAUGUCUCUGGAGGACUUUGAGCAGCGGAUGAACCAUGUCAUUGAGAGGAAUGCCUUUCUUGAAAGCGAGUUGGACGAGAAAGAGAACCUGCUUGAGUCUGUUCAGAGGCUGAAGGAUGAAGCCAGAGACCUUCGUCAGGAGCUGGCUGUACGUCAGAAGGAAAGACGGCCGUCCAUCAGCCUCGGCAAAGACACAGAUCGAGCAGAUCUGCCAUGCCCCUCAGCUGGUAACCCACCCAUCCCCGUCACACCCUCCAAACCUAUCAGCUCAUUUGCAACGCCCCCUGCUUCCAGUAUCCGACGGGGUGACGGCCUAACUGGGACUCCGCUUACAACAUCUGCUAGAAUAUCGGCACUCAACAUUGUAGGGGAGCUGCUGAGAAAAGUUGGAAAUCUGGAGUCAAAGUUGGCGUCGUGUCGAGACUUUGUGUACGACACGUCUGUCAGCAGACCAGCACUUGCGCCGGGCCCUGGUAGUCCUUCUGGUUUAGAAAGAGGCCCUGAGGUCCAAGCUAGCAGCAUGAGCCCCCCUCCUCAGUACGACAGUUUAGUGAAGCGGUUAGAGUUUGGACCAGCUCCUCCAAGAGGCGUCUCCCAGGGUGCCCAGUCUCCGCAGGCAGGGGUCAAGAUUCUGCUAUGAGAGAGAGAGAGAGAAGGGGAAGCCUCCUUCCUCCUUCAAUAACCUGACACCAACCCCCUUGUCCCCCUCUCCAUCCUUCAUAAACUACAGCACUGGGACUUUGAACUGAGCUGUUUUCCCUUGUCGCCACGUGCCCUGCUGAACUAUUUUGAACAAGAAAGCCACUCUCCUUGCUCCAUUCCCUUACAUAAUCAGUGCAUGGGCUUCUGCUGCCUCAGGCUAGUAUCACACCAUAUCUAUGAUAAGGAAGCAGCGCCACAGCUUGUGUAAAAUCAAGGAACGGAGAACCUACUGCUCACACUAUAUCUUCUGCUGUAUCUUUGACACUGUGGUGGGUAGCAUCUAAAAAAAAGAUCCCUCUGUGUCUACUGAUUUGCUCUCCGUGGUGAAUCAAAAGGGGCUGUCGAAACAUUACUGCUCCCAGAAAACAUGUUUAGGGUGGUUGUUGCACUUGUCAAUUGAUCAUGAAUGAGGGAUCCGAAUGAGAGCCAGUGGUAUUAAUAACAUCCGCUGGAUAUGAUCCCCGAUAAAGGAACCAAGAACCUGGAGUGUUAUUUAUAAAAAGGUUGGAUCGUACAAAUAUUGUUUAUGACCAUGUCCAAACCAAAGCUUUGAUAAAUGAAAAACUAAUCAAAGAGAAAAGUAAUGGGUUAGGUUUUUUUUUUUUUUUUUUCUCUCUCCUUGAAUCUGAU